UUUGCUGGUGUGUCGCAAGUGAGGAACUCGCUUCAGGUUAGUUCAAGACUUUCUCACCAUGGCUGCAGAGGGACUGACCGUGAAUAUCAUAGACUUGCCAAACAAAGCGCUGCAUGAAGAUGAGGCCCAGCAGAACGAGGAGGAGGAGGAGAAGGCAACUGCAGAUAGAACCUGGCAGAAGCUGGAGAGGGAGAGAAACGAGGCUGUGGAGAAACUCACCGAGUUCCAGAUGGUGUCUCAGAGAGUCAUCGAGGAAGUCAGCGCCAUUCAGGAGGACCUGGAGAUCGAGAGGAUGUGUAGAGAAAGUGCUGAAGCCCUGGCCUCAAAGUUAAGGCGUCAAAACCGCUCUCUGAAGAGGAAGAGCAUGAUGAUGAUAUCGUACCUCAGCCCGGAAACCAUCAAAGACAUCAGCCUGGAUGAAGAAGAGCAAGCCGACGAUGAGGAGAAAGUUGGGGAGGAAGAGGAGGAACAAGAAUCCGCUGCCACAGUUUGCCUCUCCGCCGACUGCACUACCUUUAUCUCAGAGCUACAAAAUAAGUUGGAACUGACACUUCAGGAGAAAGAUCAAGUCAUCUCUAAUCUUGAAUCCACGAGGCAACAACUACAGACCGCCUGUGAUGAACUGAUGAAAGCGAAACGCAACAACACGGAUUUAAUUGCCGAGCGUCUGCAGCAAAAGAAGCUCCUGGACCAAUACAGCAGAGUUUCUCAGUUUGCUGUGGAGGAAUAUGAAGCUUUGCAGCAUACUCUGGACCUGGAGCAGAACCUGAGGACAGAAGCAGAAAACUUUGCCAGAGACAUGCUGGUCGAACAGACAAAACUGAAGAGGCAGAGUCAGAUCCUCCUGCAGAGCUGCAUGCCCAGCCCAGCUCUGCAGGAUGUGGUCAGUCAGGUGGCCGCUCUGACUGAACAGAUGGAGACCCAGAGGCUGCAGCAUCAGAACCAGAUCAAGCAGAUGGAAGAAAAACUACAGACCUGUGAAACACAAAAGGAGCUAACAGCAUUGAAGCUGAAGCUGGAUCUCCUGGAAGAGGAAAGGGAGGCGUGCCGUAUCCGCUGCUUUAACGCUGAACAACAAGUCAAAGAUCUACAGUUUACAGUUGAGCAACUUCAAAAGAAGCUGAACGCUGCCACCAACCCUCCCCCAGCACCUCCACCUCCGCCCUUGCCUCCUGCAGCCCCAGAGUCGACCUCUAACCCUCUCAGCUCAUUGCUGACACUGAUUCGAAAGAGAAGGAACGUCAGCCAUGACAUCCCGUUGGUGGACCAGGACUCAGCCAAGCCUGCAGGAGAUGUCCGGCAUCAGGCUGUGGAGGAAAUGAUGCAGAGAAUUAAAAAAGGAGUUCAACUUCGACCAGUGAAACAGUCACCAAACAGAAGUGAACCAAAGAUGGAGAGGCUGCCCUCUAAUUCUGCCAUUCAAGAACUUAAAGGAAUCAUGGAGAAUUUCAACACAACUCGCCCUCAGCCCAAAGCUGUGUCACCAUCACCAGGCCAGGACGAAGAGCUGCAGAGGAUUCUCCUGAGAAGGCGGGACAUCCUGAAGUCCUAACAUAACGCUACAAGUCAUUCUCCUCAUCAUGUACAUUAUGAAAUGCUUCUACCGUUAUAAGUUACUGGAUUCAUCCCGAAGUGUAAUGUUUAGGUUUAGGUGAAGAAAGCUUUCACGCAGCCUCAGUGGAUAACAGUCAUGUAGUCAUGUAGUCCCUUUGGUUACGUUCACACUGCAGCCUUAAGUGACCCAAUCCCGAUUUUUUUGUCACACUUUUAAAUAUUUAAGUGUGCCAAAAACCAUGCAUCACCCUGAAUCAGUAGCCAAACCAACACAAGUUUACAGCUAUCUCCAACAGAAAGGCUUGUUAAGCAGCAACUUUGACUGAUAUUAUUGACAUAAAAAUAAUAUCUUGUUUUGUUAAAGUCGGUAGCAUACAAUUCCCUUGCAAUUUUUUACUGUCCUGCAGCUGAGAUUUUCUUUGCUGAAUUUCUUUGAAUAAAACCAAAAUAUAAAUUAUAUACAGUAUGUUGCAGAAAAUGUUGCAGAAUAUAUACAGUAUGUUUCUGCAACAUACGGUAUAUAUUUUAGAUUUUACAAACAUUGUCUCUGUGUCACAGCAAGUUGGCUUUUAAAAAGCUUUUCAUAAAU